CAUUUCGUAUUAGUAUACAGAUUUUGAGUAAUUUAGUUAUUGCUAAGCAGUUUUCGUGUAUUAUUUUAGAUAUAGACAUAUUCGACGAUAUAUUCGUCAUCAUGACAACGGAGAAGUAUUGUUUGGAGAAACCACGAAAGCCUUUGGUCCCUUUGAAGACCUUGGAUAUUAUAUUCCGACGUCGAUAUGUACCGAACACACAGAAGUAUUUUACUAAUAGAAAGCAUGCAGUUACGGAUUCUUUGUCUACGACAAAGAAAAAUUAUUUUUGUGUGCCACGAUCUCAAAAACUAGUAUCGUACAUUAAAUACAGUGACCGUCAAGUGAAAUUGACAUCGCUUAAACGUUUAGCACAGCCUUUACAUUUAAAAGAUAAUAUAAGAAUCGCAGAUACAAGAGAUUUAUCCCAACGACUUUACAUAGAAGAAGCACCUGAUGACGUAAAAUGUGUUGUAGCAAUACAUCCCGAAUUUUAUACUGUUAUAGAAGGCCGACCCAUAAGAUCAUUUGAUGACAUCAAGGUAUAUAUGAGCAAUAUUCGUGCCUACGCAAUGACACGACAGCAAAUAGGUUAUAAACGAGACCUCCAUAUUAAACUUGAAAGAAAUAUAGUCGACGAAAACAGAGAAUACGUCGUCAUAUCUAAUAAUUUCAAAAAGCACCUAUCACACUUUCAGCAUUUUCUUACAGAAGAUUAUAAAAAAUCUAUGGCCAAAACAGCCAAGGCUGAAAAAAAUUACCAAGAAUUAGUAGCGAAGAAUAACGAGUUACUUGGUUGGGUCUCUGAGUUAAUUAUUUUGAACAAUGUUGUUUUCAAAUUGGACGCUGUUAGAAGCGUUCUAAAAAUGUAUCGCACAUAUUGUCUAUUUGUAGCCCCUUUAUUUUGGCGACAAAUAUACGAUGAAAGCCUUCGAGGAAAGCUAAUGUCCAUACAGUUUGAAUCAGGGGCAUUCGCCACAGAUAAUGACUUGGUUGAAUCUUUAGAUAUAGAAAAGACAGUUGAGUUGGCUAAAAUCGAACUGAAAAAUCCUUUACCAGCAUAUAUUUACUUUAAAAGUCCUGAAGAAAUGAUAUACAUGUUUCGAACGUUAGAGUUGCAAAGUAGAGAAUAUUUAAUACAGCUGUCAAGAUCUUCUGCACCUUACAGAAUACUUCAGGAACGUAAGAGACAGCUCAAUCGUUCAACUACAAUGGAGACAGAUUAUUUUCAAUGGAAUAUUAAUUUUCUGAAAAAAGAGAUAGCCAGAGAAACUUACAAUGAAUUAUAUUUACAAGAGAAGUUCUUCCGUAUUUUAAAUGAAACUUUUUACGACACCGUUGCCAGCCCGGAUACAUUAAAAUUAAAAAUUUGUAUAGAAUUUGUUUACGAACAAAUAUUUGGUAAAUGUGAGGAAGGACACCAAACAAUUAGUGACCCGAUGAAGAUUUUAGAAGUAUUUUACGAGGAAUAUAAUUUAAGGCUGGACUCCUUAGACUUUAAGAGUGUCAAAAAGGCAAGAACUGAUUGCUUUGCACAAGAUUUGGCGAUGAUGAGAGACGCUGUCUUAGCCCAAAGAAUAUUGAGAGAAUUCUAUGAAAUGUCGAAAUCUAUCCAUAAAGCAUUUGAAUCACCUGCUCGAUAUAAACGUCCAGUGCUAAACAAGUUUAUAGAUAAGAAGACUUUGAGAGCUAUGGCUGAAGCUGAAAAAGAGAAAGCAAGGCUUGCGAGAGGGGAACGCGUUAAGGUAAAAAAAUAUAAAAUAACGCAAGAAGAACGUGACGCACUUUUAUUUUUCACAGAGUGGUGCGAUGGAAUGGAUCCAGCACCUUAUUUGAAAGAAUAUGAACAAUAUGCCAAACGGGCGUUAGAAGCUACAUCUAUAACAGAUUUUGACACACCUUAA